CAUCUCUGGAACGGAAUCAAAUUCUCGCCACUUUGGGUAAUUCCUCUGUGUUGGGUUCUUGAAGGACGCGAAGUCGCUCGUCACUCAAUUUCAAGUCACAAUCACUUCAAUCCCCACCUCCUGGCCCCCUUGACUCGGUCAUUGUAUCACAAAGUGCACCUUGACAGACGGUAGAAACGAGCUGUGUCCAUAUAUAGGAGCUAAUUUGCUGGCCGUUCAGCAUCUACGAUUUGUUCGCGCGCACCGUCACCGUCACACUCCACAGUACUGCUCGGCUCCUCCAACUUGGCCCUUUGUCAUAGAUCAUCAGUCUUAGGAGUGGCCAAGUGAUCCUUUAAGACUCAACAUGGGAGCGGCUCUGAGCUCCUGCUGCGGCGCGAGGCGGAAGAAUAGCUACGAACCAUUACUCUUGGAGACGGAACGAGAAGCAGUCGCGGAUUUAUUACAAUAUCUAGAGAACCGGAGUACCACAAACUUCUUCACAGGAUCUCCCUUGGCAGCUCUUACCACUUUAUCGUUCUCCGACAAUGUUGAUCUUCAACGCUCAGCAGCACUUGCAUUCGCAGAGAUCACCGAAAAGGAAGUGAGGGAAGUCGGAAGAGAUACACUUGAUCCAGUACUCUACCUCUUGACUUCCCACGAUUCAGAGGUUCAACGUGCGGCCAGCGCGGCGUUGGGCAACUUGGCAGUCAAUGCGGAGAAUAAACUCCUCAUCGUUUCUCUGGGCGGUCUUGAACCUCUUAUCCGACAGAUGCUCAGUCCAAACGUCGAAGUGCAAUGCAAUGCCGUGGGAUGUGUCACAAACCUUGCGACACAUGACGAGAACAAGACUCAGAUUGCCAAGUCUGGUGCUCUUGUACCCCUCACUCGACUAGCCAAAUCAAAGGAUAUGCGAGUGCAGCGGAACGCAACCGGAGCAUUGCUCAACAUGACACAUUCGGAUGAAAACCGUCAGCAGCUCGUCAACGCCGGCGCGAUUCCUGUCCUCGUCAGCUUGCUCAACUCGCCAGAUACCGAUGUGCAGUACUACUGCACCACAGCGUUGAGCAACAUUGCUGUAGAUGCUGCAAAUCGUAAAAAGCUCGCCCAGGGCGAACAAAAGCUCGUUCAGAGUCUUGUGGCGUUGAUGGACAGUCAGAGUCUGAAAGUUCAGUGUCAAGCCGCGUUGGCUCUCCGGAACUUGGCCAGUGACGAAAAAUACCAACUGGAGAUUGUCAAAGCAGACGGUCUCAAACCCCUGCUUAGACUUCUCCACUCCUCUUAUCUCCCUUUGAUCCUCUCCGCUGCUGCUUGUGUCCGAAACGUUUCUAUCCAUCCCGCAAACGAAUCACCCAUCAUUGAUUCUGGAUUCCUCCAGCCGCUCAUCGAGCUCUUGUCAUUCGACGAGAAUGAGGAGGUUCAAUGCCAUGCCAUCUCAACCUUACGCAAUCUCGCCGCGAGCAGUGAGCGGAAUAAAGGUGCAAUCGUGGAGGCCGGCGCUGUUGAGAGGAUCAAGGAGUUGGUCUUACAGGUUCCACUGGCCGUCCAGAGUGAAAUGACGGCGUGCGUGGCUGUGCUGGCUCUGAGCGACGACCUCAAGCCUCAGCUUUUGGAGAUGGGCAUUUGCGAGGUUCUGAUCCCAUUAACCAAUUCGCCAAGUGUUGAGGUUCAGGGUAACAGUGCUGCUGCUUUGGGUAACCUCUCUUCGAAAGCCGCCGAGGACUAUGCACCGUUCAACGCAGUCUGGAACAAGCCUGAUGGUGGACUGCACGCGUACUUGGUCAGAUUCUUAGGCAGCGCAGACAUUACCUUCCAGCACAUCGCCGUUUGGACCAUUGUCCAGCUCCUCGAAGCUGAGGACGACCAAUUGACUGCAAACAUCCGUAACUCUUCUAUCCUCAUCGCUUCAAUCCGUCAACUCGCGUCCUCACCACCGCCUUCGAGAGCCGGUCAGAGAGGUCAAGAAGGUACAGACGAUGACUUUGACGAUGACGGUAUGGAUGCAGAUGGCGAAGGUGAAAUUGCAAGCCUUGCUCGGAGAAUAUUGGAUCUCACGGAGGAUGGCACUGGAGGGAAUGAUCAGUCUAGAUUUAGCAACAAGACCGGAGGUACGACGGAUGAUCAGGUUGUCGGAAGUCAGGGAUCAGAUCAUGCUGCGCUGAGGGCGAGCGUAAGGCAGGCGUUAGGGGGUCAGCAUUAGGUGACAGCACGGAGGUGAUUGCCGCAUUUCUGCGCGUGUGAGCCCAGUUGCUCUUUGUUUUGUUGGGACUUCUUUCUCAACACUUUCUUCUACACCUUUUGACCAAAGCGUUGAUAUUGAGUACACUCUCUAUGCAAGUUGGAAAACUGUAAAGCUGGAUGUGAUACAUGUGAUACUAGGC